GAUACAGCACGUUAAUAUUCAUACAAAUACACUUGCAAUCAUAAUCUAAGACACAGUUAAUUAUCUGAGAUAUACUUCCUUAGGUACAGAAGUAACAAGCUAACCAGCCUAUUCUUCCUCCUCCCCAUGACCACCAGCAUCUCCAUCGGUGAGGCUGUGGCCACAAGUGGUGACAGUCCCUGUAGGGGCCCAGGUGGUGUUCAGUGCCAGGUCUGGGGACAGCCCCUCCCCUCCAUUGUCUGGUCCAAACAGGGACGCUCCAUUCAGACUGGUGGCAAGAUCGCUGUGGGCGUGAGAAACACUACCCUCUACAUCCUGUCUGUCAGGAGCUAUGAUGAGGGCACGUACACUUGUGAAGCCUCCAACACUGUGGGGCAUGACCGGAGAACAGCUACUUUACGUGUCGCUGUAAGCCCCAUCAUAGUGUCCUUCCUGGGGGCAGUGAGCAGCUCAGAGGGGUCCUAUGUGGUCCUGCCAUGCAGGGCAGUGGGGGACCUCCCCAUCAGGUACACCUGGACAAGGGGACACUCCAUCACCCCAACCCUGGAGAGGCAUGUAGAUGAUGAAGGGGCUCUGCAUAUCUCCAGUGUUCAGGUGUCUGAUGCAGGGGACUAUCACUGUACCGCUGAGAACAUAGUGGGACGACAGCAGAGAAGAGCCACCCUCACCAUCUCUGCUGAAGAUGCCCCAGCUGAUAGAGAAAGGCAGCAUAGACAGAUUGUAUCUGCAGUGAGUAAUAAUGAGGUUCCAAAGACUGAAGCAGAGCAGAGAACUCCCCUGUCCAGUAAUGACCUGAGUCUAGUUCAGCAUUCUGAGAUGACCCACUCACGUGUCUCCCUACAGGGAGGAAGCACAGUCCGAGCAACUCAAAGAGACUCAAGCAAUGACAUCCCCCAAGUGUCUACUCCUGACACUCUACGACUGCUCUCGUCUCUCAGGCAGACAGCUUUAGGACUAGCAGGUCUCUACAGAGGACAAACAGGACUGCUGGUUCCACCUGACCUUCACUCUCUGCUCCCAUUGGACCUGGCCUCGGCCAAUCCAACCCAGUCCCCAGUCACACAGAUCCAGCAUCCGGUGCUACAACCCCUACCUCCACCUCUAUUUGAACCCUUAGACUUACUCACACAGCCUUCAGUAACUCAUAGAGUCAUCUCACUCACUCAGAUUCAAAUAAUACCUAACCAGCCAACAUUAACACACAACCCACCCCCAGUGACACAACGGCAGGUUUUAGUCCCAGAUAGCCAAUCUCCAUUAACACAGUCCAUAUCCCAAAGCCUCCACAACCAGCCAUCAGUCAUGCACAUCCAGCGUCAAGUCACUGAGCAACCAAUUAAACCUCUAAACCACAUUGGCAGAUUUACCCAGUCUCUGGUUUCACUCCCGCAGCUUCCAGACUCUUCCAGCCACCCGUCUGAUCCCUUUACCCAGCGUCCUGAUUCUCUUACCCAGCCCAAAGAACCUUUGACUCAGUCUCUACUCAUUCACAGCCUGCAUGCUCCCGACUCAAUCGCUCAAACCCACCAUCCUGUACCUCAAAGUAAUCCUUCAGACCCACAUAUCCAGGAUCCUAGCACCAUCACCCUGUUUUCACGCUCACAAACCCAGACUCAACCAUCCAAAACUCAGCCUCAACCAUCACCAACCCAGCAUGAACCUACACAAACCCAGUGUACAGAUCUACUCACCCAGCCUUCAGGCUCAAACACCCAUCUUCCUGACCUGAUCACCACACCCCCCACCCCUGACCCCCAGGGCCCUAGUGCCCCCUAUGCCUCCACCCCAGACCCCCUGCAGCAGAACACGAGCCAGCCUGCUAACCCAGCUCAUCCAGCCAAACCAACCAGGCCCAAUGACACAGAGCCCACAGAGUGGCUGAAGAGGAACACCUCUCAGUCCCCCAUGAGGACCAAUGAGGACCCCAGAGUAAAGCCUCCUCCUCCGUGGCUUCCAGUGCUGGAGAAACAUGACAUCCCCAUCGUGGUGGGAGUGGGUGUGUCUAUGGCCUUCAUCUUCAUCACCAUGGCCUUCUACUCCCUGGUCCAGAAGAACGAGCCUGUCCCCACUAUUAGAACCUUGUCUUCCACAGUUCCCAGGAACCUGGGCGUCCCAUGCAGACAUGCUGAACGUCUGGACACUGGGAGGACCUAUGAGAACAGGGCAUUUGAGGAUGAUGAUUUGGUGGCUGUGAUUGAACAAAGCCCCAACACAUCAGAUACACGCGCAAGGCCUCCUGCCCCCAGCCCAGUCACUGUGAUGAUAGACCCUGCCUCUGAUGACACACAGCCCCCGCACACUCCAGAACACUCGUUCAUAGCAGAGACCUAUCUUGAGCCCAGCGAAGACACACAGGUUGACCACUUCCUGGAUGAAGAGAAGGAAUGCAGCCUGUCUCACCCCAGUAUCCAGCUGCAGUGUGUGGAGGACUGGGGGGGCGGAGGAGUAGAAUACGGACAAUGCCAGGGCCAAGAAAUCCUACCCCAUCUCCCCUCACUCUCUCCUUCCCCACCUCCUGUGCGUGAGGAAAGCCUGCGCUCCUCCCUGACCCUCCAGACAGCUGAGCCCUAUGCCACACCGGUCCGCCACAGUGUCAGCAUCUGCCACAGUAAUGCCCCCCUCCUCCUCUCCCACUGCAUCUCCCUGGGCCUUACCACCGUCGCCGUUGAUGUCCACUUCUACCCAGCAGCCCCUGCUUCCACCACCACGACUGUGGCAGCUGUCACCCAGAUCAAUGCUACCACCGCUACUACACCAGGGCCCCAGCUCAGCUCCCGAUUGGCCCACAGUCAGGAGCAUGACCAAUCGGCUCCUACCGUGCGCCAGAGUAAGUAACUAGAUAAAGAGGGAAAGGCAGAUUGAGAGAUUAUUCCAACACAGAUGUUGCCAUUAGUCUCCACUGGAGAGUUUGGCUGGAUUGUUGGUCGUCUUCACAUUUCAACUGUUUUGUUCUGACGGUGGUGAGGAGAAUGUGUGUGUAUCAAAAAGAGGGAUCCAUCUGGAUUCUGGAACCAUCCACUGAAGACUAUAGGACAACUGCCUUUACUCUGUUUCCUUUAAUCAACCUAAAAUGCUCUACACAUACUGUACCAGUCAGCUACAAAUGUGUCAAUAACAAAGUAAUGUCAAUGUAUUCUGUUUCUGUCCUUCGCAAAGAAAAAUCACGAGAAUAAUUUAUUCAUAUACAUUAUUUCUGCUCAGUUUUUUAUCUUCUUACUACUGAAAGCCUUUGAAUAAGGAAACGAUGUAUUAUGUCUUCAAUGUGUAUUACAAAUGUCAGUUACAUAAUGGUUCUUUAGGCCUAAAAUAAUGUAUUCAUAGGAAGCAAAAACAAUGUAAUAUAGGCAAAAAAGUAUUAACUGCUUCCAUAAUCCUCUACAUGCCAUGGUUUCUGACUUUACUGAGAAUAUAGUGUUGUGUACAUGUCCAUUAUAU